AUGAGCGCCAACCCCCAGUGGGACAUCAGCAGGGCGCUGGGGGUGGCCAGGUUCUUCCAUCUGGUGUGCGGGGUCCGGGAUGCCUGCGUGACCCCGUUCCUGACCCUCUACCUGCGGCAGCUGGGCCUGGCCGCGCCCUGGGUGGGCAUCCUAAUGGGAACCAAGCACCUGAUCGCAGCCUUCUGGGCUCCCUUCUGUGCCCUCAUGGCCAAAAGCUACCAGAAGCGGAGGGUGCUUCUGAUAGGCUCGCUGCUCGGCUCGGUGGGAGCCAGCCUGUGGAUGGUCCUGGUGCCGCCCUUGGACAGAGACCCAGGGUACCGCUCGUGUAAUGGAAGCCACAGUGUGACGGCCACGGUCCCACCACCGGGGGUCGCACUGACUGUGAACGUCACCUCUGCCCCCGAGCCAGCUCCGAACUACCCAGCGCCCAGACUCGCAGCCGAGAGGGGUACUGGGGUCGCCCCAGCCGAUGGCUUCAGAGAAGGGCCUGGGGAAAGUGGCCAAGAACCUUUCAGUCGUCUGCCCAGCUCCUUUGUGGGCUCCAUCCGAGGAACCAGGACCACAUCCCGAGUUCUCCUCCAUCCUGUUACUUCAAGAGUGAAAGAUACUCCCCAGGAAGAUGCUUUUAGGGUGGUCAGUCCUGCCCUCCCUUUGCUUGCUGGGGGUAUGGCGUUGGCAAGUCCGGCCAACCGGUCGGCAGCCACGGGCAUGGUGGGGGCCCUCGACCUCUCCUUGGAAGGGUUGUGGUGGACUUUCAUCCUCUCCCGGGGCUCCAUGGUGUUCUGGGAGCUGCUGACAUCCCCUCUGGAGCAGGUGGCAGAUGACAGCCUUUAUGAAUACCUGGAUUUUGUGGAUGCCACUGACCGCUACAGAAGCCUGUGGAUCUGGAGGCUGCUGGGCAUGUCGGCAGGCGUGUGUGGCAUCUCAGCCUUGGUGGGGCAGCUGGACUGCUUCCUGACGACAAAUGGCCCCCGGGGUGUAGUGCACUUCUGCGGCUACUCACUGGUCAGCACCCUGGCUUUACUGGUGAGCAUUGCCUUUCCCGUCCCCUUCUGCAGGUGGUGGGAGCCCAGCUACAAAAUGGUCAAAACCCUGUCUCUUGUAGGCGGUGACCCCCGCCUCAUCACCCUCGCCCUCACUGUCUUCUUGAUAGGAACCGCCACCAGCACCGUGCAGAACUUCCUGUUCUGGCACAUGAAAGACCACGAGAGCUCCGAGCUGGUCAUGGGCUUCUCAAUGGCCCUGGGCUUGCUGGGGGAAAUUCUACUUCAUCCUCUCAAAACUCCGUUGCUUAGGAAGCUGUCCAGGGUGGGCACGGUGGGGCUAGGGCUGGGCUGCCUGGCGGGGCAGCUUCUGUAUUUCUCUUUCCUCUGGAGCUGGUGGUCCGUCCUCCCCGCUCAGAUCUUGAGUGCCCUCAGCCACGGGGCUCUGUGGCGGGCAGUCGGGGCCUCCAUAGAGCAUCUGGCCGCGGCUGUUCAGUCUUUUUAA